AUGACAGAUAAGCUGCCGCCAUUGUCAACCAAACCAGUGUCUCUGAGCCAGAGCGCGCCUCCUAUCACCAACAUUGUCUCAGCCAAUGAUGUGUCACACAAGAUUGAGACUCAGGAGGAGGAGCCAUAUACCAUCAAGUGUAUAUGUAGCUACUCUGGCGAUGACGGAAACACAAUCUUCUGCGAGACUUGCGACACAUGGCAGCACAUCGAGUGCUUCUAUCCCGACAACGUUCAAGACGCGCUGAGCGAAGGGUUUGCGCACUCGUGUGCUGACUGCAAGCCUCGACCUCUUGAUCGGCAAAAAGCAGUUGAACAUCAAAAAUCCCGCCUCGACAGCUUGAUGGUACUCGACACGAUAUCCGACAAGAAACCGAAGAGGCCACCCUCUAAAAGCCACAAGAAGAAACCCAAACCGAACGACCUUCAAAUCAACGGACACAACCCAACAGAACCAACCAAGCAUACCUCUGCACACGAUCCUCCUCCACCUAAAAAGUCUAAAACAUCUCAUAAAUCAAAUCCUUCCGUUAGUUCUCAGGCCCCAAAGCGCAGCCCUCCCCAUGGCUCAACCCGUGCCACCUCGAAUACCCAUCCACCCAGUCCCGUUACCACACCACCCGAGCUACCUCAAGAUUUCGAGAUACACAAUUACUCUCCUGGAUUUCUGGCCUCUCACAACCAGAAAGACGCCGAUACUGUUCAGACAAACUCUUUCGCUAGCCUGAACAUCUCAAAUACGAUGUCUCUCUGGCUCCGCGAACCAGCGAAGCUACGACAGGAGACGGGCCAGGAAUUCAGCGAUGUUUUCCAGACACUUCCCCCCAACAUUGACACAGUGAAGAGGCCACUACGUCUGGAAGUGAAACAACUUUCACUGGGCCGAGACACCGUCGCGCGCUGGCAAUAUUUGGUAACUCCUACCGCAGUGGCGAAGGAUGUGCCAUUAAUUGAACUGAACGGUUCGAUUGGCUUCCAAAAGGAUUACUGUGCCGAUAAACACAAUCGCUGGGAUGAAUUUAGCUCACCUUUACCUUUUGUUUUCUUCCACGAGAUGCUGCCUCUUUACAUCGACACAAGGCAAGAGGGUUCCCGCGCACGCUACGUUCGACGAAGUUGCAAGCCCAACGCAGUACUGGACACGUUUCUCUCUGGAGGUUCGGAGUAUCACUUUUGGCUCGUCAGUGAUCGCUCCAUUGCAGCCAACGAGCAAAUCACUAUAGCAUGGGACUUUAGGUUUCCGAAUCCGCAGAAAGCUCGACUUCUUCAUCUCUUAGGACUAGGUGACGACGACAACGGGCCUCAUGAAAAGCAAGAAAUGGACGAGACGGAGUACCGAUCACUCUCUGCCUGGAUGCACCUGAUGUUGUCCGAAUAUGGCGGUUGCGCUUGCGAGCUCGGCAGUAACUGCGCAUUCGUUCUCUUCCAUCGCAGCUAUCACGCCAGAAUGCAAGGCAAAACAAACAAAAAGAAGUCGAGGAAGAGCAAAACCCAUGCCGUCUCACCAACCAGCACUGGCCACGCCACCAAUAGUAGAGCAGCUAGCGAAGGGCACUUCGAGGAUGUGGCUGACGCCGAUGCGGCAUCUGCAUCGGGUUCUUCGCGAAGCAAACCGCCCAGUCGAGAUUUGACACCAGCUCAGUCAACACCCGCACCUCGCCAAGGUUCUUUCGAUACUCUUGGAAUUCUGACGGAGCCAACAGAUCGGGACAAAAGGAAGGUUGCGAUGGUGGAAGACUCGUUUCGCAGGAUGGAGCAGACGCAACCGCCACGCAAGAAGAAGCGUGUCUCGGACGGAUCAUCAUCUGCAACAAGCACCUCGAAGCCAAAGACGAAGUCGACAAAUGCACAGUCCAAUGGCGUUCAAUACUUUGAUGCUGGGACAUCAAGAAGCAAAUCGGGCUCGCCAACGGGUGCUGUCUCCCCUGGCACAUCAAAUUCAAGCAAGCCAUCGGGCGUAAGGCACGGUGUUCAGCCAAGCAAGCCCCACGCCCGACCCCGAUCUCCCCCUCGCUACUGCAACGCGAGCGUGCAGACUGAGCCUGUUCGAGGAGAGUGGUACAGCGAGCCUCCUGCGCCGGCCCUUAGGCCAAGGCGAAGCAUAAUAUCUUUGUCCAAAAGGCUAUUGGAGAACAGGCACAGGACAAGGCAAGAAGACGAGAAACGGAAGAAGCGGCAAUCUAUCGAUUCCCAAAGUGGUCCAUCCGAUACCGUAUCCGUCGAGUCUCCUACAGAACCAAUUAACGCUACCGUCGUACCCGAAAUUCCUGACGGCGUGUCCAGCGAGGUGUCGGCUGACGAGCCAACGGUUGACGUAUCAAUGCCCGACGCACCUGUUUCGCCCACAUCAGUCAGGCCAACAACAUCAGGGUCAAGUCUCAGUAUCGAAGGUCCGGAUACCGUGGUGACUAGCAGAAAACCGUCGAUUCCCGAAUUGAGGGUUCAAAUGCCUCCGCCAUCAAUAUUACCCAGCUGUGCACCAGCCAACGUGGCCACCAUCACACCGCUAUCUUCGCUUGGCUCUGUUGUACAAUCACCUUUCUCGAGCACUACGUUGCAAAGUCCUGCUGCAUUGAACUCCACCAGUGCGAACGCAGCAAACCCAAGUCCAAUAAAGAAGAAGCUGAGUCUCAGCGACUAUACCAAGAGUCGGAAGGCAGCAGCUGGACGCCCUCCAAUAGGGAACACGCUUAAGGCCUCGACACCUGGUGGGGACGAGCCACGCUCUGCGACGAGCCUGGAUGCAACCUCGGCACCUGAUUCGCCAUUGACUGAACGGGCUUUGGAGACUCUAGCACCAUCGCCAGAAGUUGCUGUUAGCGCAGCCGGGAUAUGA